AUGGCGUCGGAAGAGCAACAUCAAGGUGUCGACACCUACGACUACCGUAGGAAUGCCUGGGGAGCUGUGCAAACAGCCGACUUUUCCCACGUCAACUACGGAAUUCCCAUGUCUGAAGACGAAGAAGCCGAAAAUGAAUUAGACGCGGGAGAGGGAGAAUACACAACGGAAGCUCAGGUCGAGGACCAGGGCGCAGGAGACGCUUCGCCUGCCGGUGACGACGCCGCGGCCGCUCCGGCGGAAGAGGUUUCGAAAUCGAGCAAGAAGACGAAAAAGGGCAAAAAGUCGUCAUCCACCGACGACGAGGCCGCCGCGCCCGUGUCCCCGCCCAAGUCCAAGAAUGCCAAGAAUGAAAGGAAGAACCAAAGAAAGAGAGACAAGAAGAAAAAGGACAAGGCCGCAGCCGCCGCCGUCUCCGCCGCGGCCCAGGCACCCCCCGAGGAGCCUGCCACGCCGGCCGAGGCUGCUACUGCCGCCGCCGACGCCGCGCCCACCACCACCACUACCGAUGCUGUUGACGAGACUGUUACGACUGAGAAUGCCGCUGAGCAAGAUACCCCUAAUGAUGAGCCUGAUACGACCCAGAAUGACACGACUAAUGCCCAACCCAACGACCAACAACAACAACAACAACAACAACAACAACAACAAGAAACCGAGACAGCGGCUGCCGUCGAGGAAGCGGCCACCCCGGCCGCUGAAGACGCCGCCGCUGCGGCCAAUGAUGGCGAAGCCCCCAAGACAAACGAGGAUUCCGCUACCCCUGCCGAAAGUGAACCUACCGUGGAUGAGGUUACGAGUUACGAUAGUGUAAAGAAGGAUGAGAAGGAUGAUGAUGCUGCCAAGACGGCUGCUGCUGCUGUAGAUGAGAGCGUUCCCGCAGCGGCUCCCGAGGACAAGAAGCCCGAGGCCGCCGAUGCUGCAGCUGCUGCUCCUACGGAAGCCGACGAGGAGGAUAAGGUCAAGGAGCCCGAAGCCCCUGCUGCUGCUGCGCCAGCCGAGGAGGUACCUGCUGCCGAGUCCAAGGUAGCCGAGCCAGCUCAGGAGGAGAAGAAGCCGGAAGAGGAGGCGGCUGCUACUGCUGCUGCUGUGCCCGCGCAAGAAGAAAAGGCCGCUGCAGAGGAAAUACCAAAAGUAGAAGAGACGCCGGCUCAAGCCGCCCCCGCCGCUGCUCCAGAGCCUGUCGCUGCUGCUGCUACCGAAUCCGUUGCCGAGCUGGCUCCAGAUGCCAGUCCCGGGAAGGAGAAAGAGGCGGACACGACCAAGGACCAGCCCGCCGCGGAAGUUGCUGCUGAUGCUGCUGCUGCCGAAAAGGAGACGCCCGCGGAACCAACUGUCGCGGCUGCUGUAGUCGAAGAACCUGCCGCAGGACCUGUGCCUGACGCUGCGACCGCGGACCAGCCAUCCGGCGAGGAGACCAAGCCUGCUCCUGCCAAGGAAAAACCUGCUGAAGCUGCGCCCGCCGAGCCUGCCGUCGCUGCCGCGGAGACAAAGACCGAGGAAGCUGCUCCCGCCGUCGAGGCUGCCGAGGUUGAAGAGGCCAAGCUCGCUGAGCCCGAGGCUGACAAGAAGGAAGAGGCUGCUACGUCUGCGGAGCCCGAGGCCAAGGUCCAGGAGCCUGCUCCCGUCGAGGCACCCAAGGAAGCGGAGCCCGAAGCUGUGGAGAAGCCAGUCGAGGUGCCGGAGCCCGCUUCUGAGACGGCUGCUGCGUCGGUUGAGGACAAGCCCGCAGAGGAGACCGAACCUGCUAAGGAGGAAGCCGCCGCUCCCGCCAUCGAAGCUGCGGUCGUUGCCGAACCAUCUACCGUCGCCGCUGCCAAUCCCGCUGAAGAAGCCGCGCCAGCCGCUGCCCAGGAGAAGAAGGAAGAGACGCCUGCGACUACGGAGCCUGCCGCGGAUGUAGUCGAUACGCCCGUCGAGGCGGCUGAAGAGGUCAAGGAGCCCGCCCCGGCGACUGAAGAGGCUGCUACGCCUGAAGCACCCAAGGAGGCGCCUACGCCCGUUGUGGAAGCCCCCGCUGAGCCUGCCGAGGAUGUUGCUGAUAAGCCGGCCGAGGCAACGACAGAAGAGGCCAAGGAGCCCUCUCCCGCUGAGCCCGCCGCCGCGCCCGAAGCCUCCAAGGAGGACCCUGCACCGGAAUCUGCCGCUGCUGAAGUGCCCGUUCCCGCUGAGGCCGUCCCAUCUGUCGAAGAAGCCGCCGCCUCUGCGGAGGACAAGCCCGUGGAGCCAACGACGACGACCACCCCCGAUCCCGCCGCCGAGGAUGUCCAGGCGCCUACCGAAGAGGCCCAGCUAGACGAAGCGGCUGCUGUUGCUCCCGAAGCCACCAAGGAAGCUAUUCCUGAAGUUCCGGAGACUCCAGCGGAGCCUGAGGCUGCUGCCGCCCCGGAAGAGCCCGCCGUUGACGCGGAGCCGGUCAUCGCCCAGGAGGAAGCGCCUGCGGCCGACGCCGAGACCGUUCCCGAGGCUCCCGCUGAAUCUGCCAAGGAGGAGACGCCUGCUGCUGCCGAGUCUGCUAAAGAGGAGGCUGCUGCUGUCGAAGCUGAGCCCAAGGAAGAAACCCCUGCUGCGGAAGCCGAGCCCAAGGAGCCGGCAGCCGUUGUCGAGCCGGCGGAACCAGCUGCCGAGGAUCUCAAGCCCGAAACGCCUGCCGCCGACGCCGAUUCUAAGCCGGAGGCUGCUGCGGAAGCCUCCACUGAUACUCCCAAGGAUGAGACCCCUGCUGAGCCUGAAGCAGCGACUGAGGAGAACAAGACCGCGGAGGAACCAGUCGCCACUGAUGAGGCUACCGCCGCGCCCGUCUCCGAAGAAGUUGCCAAGGAGGACGAGAAGCCCGCAGCUGCUGAAGAGGACGUCCAAGCUCCCACCGAGGAAGUUCCCGCCUCUGAAGAGUCUGCCUCUGCCAAGGAGCCUCCCAAGGAUGAGGAGGCCGCCCCCGAACCUCCCCAGACUGAAGAUGCUCCUGCCGCUGACGAGGCCGCUGCCCCCGUCGAGGAUGUUGAGCCCACACCCGCCACCCCUGCUGAAGAAGGCGCCGAGGCCAAGGAAGAAGAAGCUGCUGCGCCUGCUGCUGACACGGCUGAGGAGGACAGUGGUGCAGAGCGAGAGCCUGCUGGCGAGCCUGCUAACGCCGCCGCCGAAGAUGCCGCUCCUGCGGAGGAUGUCAAGCCCGUCGAGCCCGCCACUGCCGUGCCCGCCGCUGAGCCCGAGACGCAGGAAGAGCCCAAGGAAGAGGCUGCUCCUGCUGCCGCUGAGCCCGCGGAGGUGAAGACGGAAGAGGCACCUGCGGCGCAGGAAGAGACUGCUGCUCCUGCAGCUGACGCUCCCGUUGUCGUAGAGGCUCCUGCUGAAGCAGAGGCCGCUACCGCCGAGGACGCGCCUGCCGCUGAGUCACAGGAAGAGGCUGCCGCUGACAAGGCCGCAGAGGAACUUGAAGACAAGCCUGAAACUGUCGCUGAACCCGAUGUCCCCGCCGAUGCCGCUACGGAUGAGCCAGUCGAGGCCUCGAAGGAGGAGCCAUCUGACGACGCCGAGGCUACUGCUGCCCUUGCUGCUCUGGGUGCUGCUGCUUCUGCCCUGGAAGCCGAGUUUGAGGCCCCCAAGGAAAUCUCAGUCCCUGAGGUGUCUGUUGAUGAUGCUCCUCUUGAAGAGCCUGCUGCCAGCGGAGUCGCGUCUGUCAUUGACGUCCCAGCCGACGAGCCUGCUGCUGCUGAACCGGCUGUAGAAGAGAAGUCUGUCGAGGCUGCUCCCGAGGCCGAGACUGAAGCUCCUGCCGAGCCCGAAUUAGACGAGGUAGAGUCCGAGGCCGAGGCUGCUGUUCCCAAGGAGCCGGAGGCUACCGAGGCUGCCCCCGAGGAAGCUGUCGCUGAGUCUGCUGCCGAGGAGGCUGUCGAGACUGAGACUGAAGAGUCACCUGCCGCCGAUGUUGCUUCCGAGGAUCCCGUCGCUAAAGACGAGCCCCCUGUGGCUGCAGCUGAAGAAGCGAAGGAGGCAAAGAAACAAAACCCGGACCACAGCAUAGAAGCCGCCACCGCUGCUGCCAUUGCUGCCGCCGCCGCUACCGCCGCUACUGCAGCUGCCAUCAAACAUUUUCACGGCAAGCAGGAGGAGAAGACGGAGGAGAAGAGGACCAAAGAUACCCCAUCCGAUUUGGAAGUCGCUGUGGAGGUGGAGAAUAAUGAUGUUACGGAAUCUGCAAAGAAUGAUGAACCCAAGCUUGAAGAGUCAAAGGAGACAGAGGCGUCGGAGACGAGCACCGUUGUCGCCGAUGAGCCCAAGGUCGAGAAACCCGCCGAGAAGGAUCACGAUGCUGGCAAGGUAGCCGCCAUCGCUGCUGGUGUUGCUGGCACUGCCCUUGUUGUCGGUGCAGCUGCCGUUGGCGCCGCUUCUUUCAAGAAAGACGAUGAGAACGGUCACACGGUGAAGCCAGACGCCGAAGUCGCGCAAGCCGAGCCUGCUACUAGAGCAAUUGAGGAGCCUGUCGCAAAGGACAGCCCUGUUACUGAGGCGACUCCUGCUCCUGAGCCAGAAUCAACCUUGCGCCGCCGUCGACCAGCCGCCAGCGAGCCUACAGCUGAAGCUGCUGCUGGACCAGCCGCCGAGGUCGCCACCGAACCUCAGCCCGAAGAGAGCACAGCUACAUCGAAAUCCAUUGCUGUGGCAAGCUCGAAGCCGACAUUCUUCGUGUCGCUGGCCAGAUUGAUCCUCUCGCCUUUCUCGUGGCUGCGCUCAAGGUUAUUCAAGACCAGGCCUGCCAUCAAGACAACACCCCCUACCGAGGGCAGCUCCUAG